AUGGAGCAAGAAGCACUGAAGAAGUUUGAUGAGAUGAAACACAUCAUGGAGGAAACACAAAACAGGAAGAAUCUGAUCAUCAUCCUUCAGAAUCUCCAGGACAGCACUGACCCAGAAAAGAGGAGAAUCCUACAAGAAAACCGAGACUAUAUCCGACUCAAGGAGAAUCUCAUCCUCUUCAGCAAAAUGGAACAAGGAUCAAAUUUUCUGAGCCGUUUAGUCAAUGACCAUCCCCCGAGGAGCAUGAGAGGAAAGAGCAAAGGGUCUCGUCUUCCACACGUGAAAUCAAUCUGGAGUCACAAUAGCAGCAAUCAGCAGCAGCGUCAGGACACGGGAAACCACAAGAGGGCAGAUGUGAAAUUCUCCUCAGAAUCCGUCACAUAUGACCCAACUCGGCAGAAGGAACGGAAGAGACGAGGUUUCACUGAGGAGCAUUACUCGCAGACGACAGGACACAGAGUGGGAAUCUUCUCCAGUUCGAGUGACAGAGAUUACUUCUGGCUGGUGAGCUUGCUGAGAUCAGAGGAUUUCCACUCCCAGGUCAGCGCUGUCCGGAGCUGGCGCAUCUCUAAAGAAACAGUCAGGGAGUUCAUACAAGAAGUCGGAGAAUGUACCUUUGGAAUUCUCUAUCAAAACAAGAAGAUGGAGAGAGAUAAGGUCACCACUAUAAAGUCCCGCCUGCAACUGGAGACCCUUUGUUCUAUACUCGGGAAGCAGAACGUGAUCAUUCUCAUUGAUGACGUAGAGGACAGCAGUGACAAUGAGAAGUCCCGCAUCCUGAAAACACAGCAUGAGGCUGCACAAUGGGCCGCAAAUUUACUUCUUGUGUCGGACCUGGACAAGAUGAUGAGUCUGGAAAUGAUAAAGAGGAAAUUACGGAUACAGAUGCAGAUACAAGGCUCAGAUAGCAUCAUCUCUACAAAUCCGGUCAAACAUAGGAAGUCCAGUAUAAUGAGAAGAUUUUCUUCCUUUGGUAGGAAACCUAGGGACAAAGAACAUUACACUUCACAGGGACCAGAAAUAAAAUGUCACACAGUUGGAAUAUUCUCAAGAUCAAGUGACAGGGAUUACUCCUGGCUGGUGGCAGAGCUUAGAUCAGAAGCUUUCGAUCGUCAUGUUUCCAGUGUCCAAAGUUACAUCAUCUCUAACAACCAAAACUACCAGAAGUUCUUAGAUACCGUCAGCCAGUGCACGUUCGUGAUCCUUUAUCACAGCAAGAACAGAGGACGAGUCAACGUCACCAAUGUGACUGACUCUCUGUAUGACCAGGAACUGGAAACCCUUUAUAUGAUACUUGGGAAGAAGAACGUGCUGGUUAUCAUUGAUGAUCUGGAGGACAGCAGUAAUCCCCGAAAGACGUGGAUCCUGCAGGAGCAGAACAGCAUUGAGGAAUGGGCCGCUGACUUACUUCUAGUGUCACACAAUGAUAAGAAGGACAGGAGGAUACUGAGACAGAAAAUGAAUACACUAAAGAAUCUUCUGCAAGGUCCAGAUAACAGAAGAUCCACCAUGAAGUAUUUUUAGGAACAGAAGACGGCUUACUAUAUGUGAAUAUACAAUCUCUCUCGACCGGAUUAAGACUCGUCGGGGUCAAUGCUCUGAGAAAGUUCAGCAAAAAGUCAAU